GCACCGACCAGAGUAGCAAUAUCUUGGGGCGCAGCAAAAUGUUCCUGAAUAUUGCGGACACUGAGUCAUUCGUUGAGAUGCCUCAUGAUCUCUUCGCCGACGAUGGCUUGACUGCGUAGCAGGCCUGAACUUCUCCGCUAUUUGAGUUACGUCUUGUAUUACGGCAGCGGUCACUCCUUGCAACUUUGUGCUUCUUUCACGCCGUAUUGGGCAGAUCGUCAUCAAUGCGCUUCGCACUAUUCCCACAGGCUCCGAGUUGUUUUUGCAUUGCUACUGUGCACCGUAUGAAGCUCCUACCCUUCAUUAUUCAUAUGUCCUUUACUUCUCACCAAGGUCAAUACGUCUUCAUGCCCCCUACCCCAGUGAAGGGGUACCUUGCUCAGAUCAAUAACUGGGCCAAGAGCCCAAUGCUUCAUUGGAGCAUUGAGAAAAUAGGUGGAACUCAGCAUGCCCCCAUAUUCUCUGCAACUCCAAUAUAUAACAAUGAGUAUUUGGUCAUGUAUGCAUGUACAGGAUCAUCAAGAAAGAAAGCAAAACAGAAAUCUGAGGAAGCCAUGCUUGAGGAUGGUCAGCCUAUUAGAUGGACUCUCAGAUGGCAAAUAGAGGAAUUGGAGAAUGGAAAUUCCCAUCCCAUAUACUGUGCAAUCCCUAUAGUCAAUGGAGAUAUUCUCAUGGAUUAUGCCAAUGAGGGACACUCAAAGAAGGCUGCUCAGGAGGCUGCAGCUAAAGCUAUGGCCUUAAGUGGUCACUGUUGAAUGAAGACCCUAUUAGGGUCUUACCUUUUCCAUCCACCACCCCACUUAUGUAACUCUGUAUGAUUUCUUUCAAUGCAGGUUUGAUUUGUAAAUGUGCCAUAUCCUUGAAUUGCAGAAGAAAAACAUAGCCUUAUAGACCACACAUGCCCUUGAGUAGAAGUGUAAUUAUCAAAUUGAGCAGCCUGAGUAAAGGAAGCUCAUUACACUUUCCAGCCAUGUUACAAUAAUUUCACAACUUA